CCAAUUUCCAGUGAACGCAGCUUCAGGUCGGACGCCAGAAGACGCAGGGACUGGUCGUUGGCGGAGCCUUUGCAGGAAACACGCUUCCAAGUUUCCCACAGAACUACUACCACGUCCGUGUGUGUACUCAGCUGUUACGUUACGUCUUGACCAGAUGACGAUAGUCAUUUGUGACCCUCAGUCGCAUCCUGGGCCGGCGCGGGGCUGAUGGGAAGGUUCCAGCAGCGGCGGCGCCCACCCGUUCCCCCCGUGAUGUCCUCAGGGGGAGUGAGACGUGGAUGACGGCCUGAGCCAGAGGAAUUCCACACUCGGGCCAAGGAAGCCUCGCCGCGCUGCAGAGACCAACCCGUUCUGGUUGUAGAGAGCAGCAGACGCUCGCCGCCGCUGGGCCGUCGCCAUGCCGAUGCCACGACCGCUGUGGCUGUGGCUGUGGCUGUUGCUGCCGCUGGUGUGGCUGGGAGGCUGCGGCGCCCACAGCCUGUUCACCUGUGAGCCAAUCAGAGUGCACCGGUGCCUGGGGAUGUCCUACAACAUGACCUUCUUCCCCAACAUGAUGGAACACUAUGACCAGGAUGCCGCAGCCGGCCUCAUGGAGCCUUUCAUGCCCCUGGUGAACCUGCGCUGCUCCCCCGCCGUCCACCACUUCCUGUGCCAGGCCUUCGUCCCAGAAUGCACCGAGGAGAGCAACGUGAUCCGCCCGUGCCGGGAGCAGUGCGAGGCCGUGCUGUCCGACUGCGAGGAGCACAUCCGAGUCUUCGGCGUCAGCUGGCCUCCUGAGCUCCAGUGCGACAAACUGGACCUGUGUAGCUCCACUGCUGCUUCAGUGGAAGCAGCAGCUACGACCCCCAUGAUCUCUUCAUCUGCUAAGAGGGAGCUGGGUUUCUGGUGCCCGCUGCAGCUAAAGACCAAACCGGGUCAGGGCUCGUCCUUCCUGGGCGCCCAGGACUGCGCCCCGCCCUGCUCCAACAUGUACUUCAAACGCCACGACGUUGAAUUCGCCAAGCGCUUCAUCGGCGUGUGCUCCAUCAUCUGCCUGGGCGCCACUCUCUUCACCUUCCUCACCUUCCUGAUCGACGUCAAGCGCUUCCGCUACCCCGAGCGCCCCAUCAUCUUCUACGCCGUGUGCUACAGCCUGGUCUCGCUCAUGUACUUCGUGGGCUUCCUGCUGGGCAACACCGCGGCCUGCGCGGCGCCGGCCCACCCCGCGGGCGUGGACACGGUGGUGUUGGGCUCGCAGAGCAAAGGCUGCACCCUGCUCUUCAUGCUGCUCUACUUCUUCUCCAUGGCCGGUAUUGUCUGGUGGGUCAUACUCACCAUCACCUGGUUCCUGGCAGCUGGGCCCAAGUGGAGCUGUGAGGCUAUUGAGAAGAAAGCGGUAUGGUUCCACACCACCGCCUGGGGGAUCCCCGGGGCUCUGACGGUUAUGCUUCUCGCCCUGAACAAAGUCGAAGGGGACAACAUCAGCGGGGUCUGCUUCGUGGGACUCUACGACCUGGACGCCCUGCGCUAUUUCGUCCUGGCGCCGCUGUGCGUCGGCGUGGUGGUGGGCCUCUUCCUCAUCCUGGCCGGCAUCGUUUCGCUCAACCACGUCCGGCAGGUGAUUCAGCACGACGAGCGCAACCAGGAGAAGCUGAAGAAGUUCAUGAUCCGCAUCGGCGUGUUCAGCUGCCUCUACCUAGUGCCGCUGGUCACGCUGUUGGCCUGCUACACCUACGAGCAGAGUCACCGCGUCAGCUGGGAAAACACCUGGAUCAAUGACCGAUGUCAGGAGUACAGCAUCCCCUGCUCCUACAAGACAACUGAGCACGACCGUCCUGACCUCUCCCUGUUCCUGGUGAAAUACUUGAUGACUCUAGUAGUUGGCAUAUCUGCAGUCUUCUGGGUUGGCAGCAAAAAGACGUGCUCGGAAUGGGCCUAUUUCUUCAACAGGACCCGCAAGAGAGAUCCUAUCAGCGAGAGCCGCCGUGUGCUCCAGGAGUCCUGCGAGUUCUUCCUCAAGCACAACAGCCGGGUCCAGCACAAGAAGAAGCACUACAGCCCAAGAUCCCGUAAGCUCAAGGUCAUCUCUAAGUCCAUGGGCACAAGCACAGGAGCUGCACAGCCCGGCGCCUCCCCUGCUGCCGCCUCGACCAGUAAAGGAGCCUCCGCCUUGGACAACCACGAGCCCCACGUGCAGGGCUCCCUGUCUGAGGCGUCAGCCAGGGAGCAUCUGGAGAGGGGCAGCUCCAGCCGAAGCUCCAGGAGGGUGGAGAGGGAACGCGAGAGGGAGAGGGAAGGGGGAGAGAGACGUAGCAAGGGCGGGAGCUCCAGCAAGGUCAGCAGCCGCUCAGAAAGCAUGCACAGGGUCCCAGACGGAAGGGUGACUCCAAGGAGUGAAGUGUCAGACGCCAGGCAGAAUCCCAGUGGACAGCAACCUCCGGCUUCAAACCUUCCACUAGGCAGCAGCAGCAGCAUCCAAGGCUCCACCUUCCAACUGGAGCGCGAGGCGCCUACGGAGAGCAAGGACACAAAGGACAUGGGCUGCUGAGACAUUUGAACCUGUCUUGGACAUCACUGAGACAGCGGUCAUGUGCUGAUUGGUGCACCCAUUCAUUAGUAUAAGCUCCAUACAUGAGCUUAUGAUUGUACGUUCCACAUUAUAGUCAGUGAAUGUAAAUCACCAGCUAAAGGAACUGUACCUUAGUUAUUCCAAAGUGAUGCUGGACCAGAAUCUGUGCAGACUACAGAUUGUUUUGGGGGGUUGAUUGUGUCUUUUAGUUGUACUGAGCUACUGUGCACAGACACUAGUGAACAUGUAUUUAUGUUAAUGCUCUUACACUGUAGCAGUCACUGCACUGGGUAUGUUACAAAGAUCAUGGCUUGGCCAAGUGUGCAACCUAAGCACAGUGAAUAUCCUUCCUGGAUGGGGUGGUUUAUUUUCUAGCUUUCAUUACUUACAUUGCUACUUUGAAAUGCUUUUGAUAAAAUGCAUACUUGUUGUUUUUUAUAAUAGUUUUUUAGUUUUUUCAUAAAACCCGUGCUUUUGUUUUUGCUGCAGAGGUUGGACUUGGAUAAAGUCGUACCAUCAUUUGACUUUUCCCUCCUCUUCAAAGCACCUGCAGAUGUACGUCUAUUUGUGUUGGUGCAUUCAUCACUAGUGUAAAACGUUCUGAAUCUAAUUGAGGAAACGGAUCAAACAGUCUUUGCACUAUUUGUUGUUACAAGCACAAACCACUAAUUAUUAAGCACAACUAGUUUUAUAAUUUGGGGAUUUCUUCAGGGUGUAUUUAUACUGUAUGGCUCUCAGACCACAUAUCGUCUUCAAGCAUUUCCAGAACUCUUUGAUUUGUUUGAGCCUCUGUCCUACUGAACUGUCUGUUAUGCGUCUUUCUUUAAGUUUUGUUACCUUUUGUAUUUGAGGGCAAAGUGUCCGUAACACUAAUGAAAGGGAAUCGUGUCAGUCCAUUUCCACUGUGUUCUCACGCUGCCAUGUAAACAGGCCUGUUGCUGAUGAUGUGUUCAGAUACAGUGUAAUCCGUGAAAUGCUUUAUACAGUUCUGAGAGCUGUUCACUACUUUUACGUGUCUUUUCAAUAAAAUUGUGUGAAAUGAACAA